UUUACUCCUCAAAUUAAAAAGGCAGAAAGAAAUUAGAGACUGAGGGAUUUUGUUCAGGCAUUUUUUUCAGACAAGAUGAAUAUUCACAAAACCACUCAGGAAGGGCAUUUCCGAGUGCAUGAGGUGUUUGGUGAACGCUACAGGAAAGAAGAUGGUCCCACCAUCUAGGACACUAGUCUUGGUUUCCAGAUCUUUCUCAUGGACUCUGUGAGACUCUGUGUGAGCCUCAGUCAUGCUUCAGUUUGUGCUAGAAGCCUUCUGAUGACUAAAACAGGAUAAAAGAGUUAUCACAGGAUAAAAAAAGAGAUACCCUGGGAUAAAAGAGUUAAUAACAAUUGGGCAUUCAACAGUCAAAUUAAUAAUUUCAAUCUCAUUCUUCUCUUGGUGCUGUAGGGUAGUUAUUUCUAAACCAAGAGCAAACUUCCUACCCAGAGAGUUCAAAACUGGUGAUACUUAUGCUUUAAUCAAAGCACUGCAUUCAGCACACCAAUGUUAGUAACAGGUAAUUUCCCCAAGCCUGUCACUGUCCAGCAAAGCACAGUGUUUAGAGAACAAUGAAACUGCUUUCAACUAAGAGAGUUCUAAUUUAAUAAUAACGGUAGUGUCUGGCUGUCAGAGCAGUCUGUUAAUGCCAUGGAGUCUGCUUCCGGACAGGAAUUGCUCACUGAUAUGAUCAGUGGUUGUAAACUGUCUUGGCUGGGAAGUCAAUCAUUAACUCAGGUCCCCGUGUCAUAAAAACAUCGUAUUGUAAGAGCAUGACUCGCUUAAGGCUCUCACUAAUCAAUCAGGCAUACAGCAGGAAUACAGCAACACAUAAAAGGAGCCAGAGACUCGGGAAAUCCUUCAGCUAAGGGGAGACAAGCUGCACCGAGGUUUAUCUCCAUGGAGAAAUCCACUGACAAGCCAAACAAGGAAAACGGAUCGCCGGCUCCUGGAGUGCUGCAGGCUGAGGCAGACAGUCCUGCGCCCGCGGCGGGAGGUGCUGCAGAAAUGAGCAGAGCAGGAUCCGUAACACGAAACACAAAACGUGAGAAGAGAGUGGGAUUCUCUGAAGAGUGUACUGAAGAAAUGGAGAGACCUUCAGGAACAGAGAGAGACAGCCUUGCUGCCUUUAAGCCAGCAGUUUUGGAAAGACACUCUCCGAACUCAAAGCCACUUGCUGUGCUAACGAACACAAACUCUCCCGAAAUGAGCAGGUUGGAACUGAACCACCAGUGCUCAGACACAGCCACCAUGGAUAUGGACUGCAUGAUCUGCUUCAACAAGUACAGCAUCUACAGAGUCCCAAAACUCCUGGACUGCCAGCAUGCCUUCUGCGCCGUCUGCCUCAAGCUGAUCCUCAGGAAACAGGAGAACACCUGGAUAAUCACCUGCCCCCUUUGCAGAAAGCCCACCUUCGUGUCAGGAGGGCUCAUCCGUACACUCCAGAAUAAAGAAGACAUCCUGGAGCACUUGGAGAGCCUUGAUUCAAACCCUGAGGUGCACACCUAUACCAUAGGGCUGGACAGCAAUAGCUGGACUCAGAGCAGCCGAGACAUUUUAAUCACAGAGGAAAACAGCCCAGGAGACACCAGCCUGGCUGUGCAGAGACUCGUGCUGCUCCUGCUGCUCGGGGUGAUCCUUGCCAUGCUCAUCCUCCCUUUUAUGUACUCAGGGAAGGUGAAAUGGGUAAUUUGUCUCCUGCUUACUUUGGGGUUGGUCAUGUCUAUGGUGCUUUGCUGCACUCCUAAAUUCCACUGCAGGUGCAAGAAGGACUCCCCCACCUCCUAUGACAAGGACAUCCACGUUGUUACUGUUGCCUGAAACAAUUAACCUGUCUGUCCCGGAGAUAAGGACUGGGCCAGCGUGCACGCUGGGGACACCAGUGAGUUGUGGACUUAAAAACAAUCUCUCACAGAAUAAAUUCCACAGUUGGCUGAGCUGGCUCAAUGCCAAUGCACAGUGUUGUUAAAUCUCAUUACUGCAAACAAAAUGAACUAUUUAUAUGUUGAUAUUUAUAUGUUUUCCACACAAUUUUUAUCCCAGACUAGUAAUUGUGUUGGUUUGCUUUUGCCAUUUUAUUCGUGUCUGUGUCCUCUCCUGAUCAGCCCUGGCGGAUGUUAUCUGGAACACCCUGGAGGUGAUGUCCUGGAAAACCCCACAGUUGCUGUUUCCCACUCUCUGAACACAUGGGCACUUUUCCUUGGGACGGUGUGGGAAAUAAAGCUGCUAAAUCUGGGAGUUGGAAGAGAGCAGUUUUAACCCAGAUGAUCACCUUAAUCCCUUGCAGGGAUGGGAAAGGGACUGGGAAAAGGGGAUGUCAGUUUUGAAGUUACACACAAAAUUGGAGAGGAGAAGGCAGAAUCAACAUUCCUAAUCUUGAGUCUGUGGCUUGCAAAGAGCAAGGCUCAAAAAACUCAUGACCCUCCAAAUUCCCCACAUUGUUUAGCAUAGAAAUAGUUCCUCUCACCUGAAUUCCUUUAUCUGGCUACCUGCACCACCUCUCUUCUUGCCCCCUUUACAUUGCCCUUGGAGAUGCUCACAGAGGUAAACAGAAAUCCAUCGAGUGCUGCACCACACCACGUGAUAUUUUUAAAUGGAAUGUCUCCAUUAAAUUUAAAUAAUAUUGA